AUGUUACUAUUUCAAACACUCUUCCCUCACUCACUCCAAGCCUCACAUUCCGGUUUUUUUUUUUUUUUUUUUUUUAAUUUUUUCUUUCUCCAAACGCUUGAAUAAUUAUUACAAUUACAAUAAUAAUAACCAAAACGUAACAUGGCAUCCACUCUCUCCCUCCGGCCCGACCGACUCUCGCCCGGUUCAGUCUUCCUCAGACCGCCGGUCCGCCCUCUCCUGCACAAACCAAUCGCGGCCGAACCGUGGCGCGCCGCACCGCCGCGGAUACAGUGCCGGCGCAGGACGGUGGCGCCGGUCCACGCCGGCUCUCGCGCCGAUGACUCCGCGCCGUUCGAGAUGUCCGUGGAGAACGCGCUAAAGCUGCUGGGCGUGUCGGAGGGCGCGUCCUUCGAUGACAUACUCCGCGCAAAAAACGCCAUCCUCGCCAAUUGCAAAGAUGACCAAGAUGCCGUUGCUCAGGUUGAGGCUGCAUAUGACAUGUUGCUUAUGCAGAGCCUAACUCAGAGGAGGGCAGGGAAAGUAGCAAACAGUAGUGUUCGUUAUGCUGAUGUCAAGCGUGUUAAGCCCCCAACAACCGGAUCGAUGCCGCAGUGGUUGAAGAAUUCACCUGUGUCAGUUGAGUCACCUUCCACCAGUGAUCUCGGUUUACAAGCUGGAGUGUAUGGUGCAUUGAUGGGUUUAACCUAUCUUAAUGGGGCUUCUACACCCGUUGCAGCUUAUGCUGGGGCUGAUGUUCCUGGACUACUCUUGGCUGGUAGCUUUGGUGCUUCCCUGUACUUUAUGACCAAAAAGAAUGUUAAGUUAGGGAAGGCCACUGUGAUAACCAUAGGCGGCCUCGUAGCUGGCGCUGUUGUAGGGUCAGCGGUAGAGAACUGGUUGCAGGUAGAUAUUGUCCCAUUCCUGGGUAUACACUCCCCUGCUGCUGUUGUUAGUGAAAUCAUUAUUAUAUCUCAAUUCUUGGUUUCUCUGUACCUAAGGUAAACAGGAAAGCAUGGGUGAUCUUGCAUUAAAUUGUGAAACUUGUAAUUAUUCAUUUGCAUGCAGCAUGUUCAUACCCUAAGGUAGACAGGCAAGGCUACUGUUAUUACUUAUAACCAUAGGACUCAUAGCUGGCCCCCUGUGGUUGUGUCAGCUGGAGAGAACUGUUAUACCAUUUCUGGGCAUACGCUCCCUGCUGCUGUUGUUAGUAUAAUCAUAACUAUCUCAUAUCUUGGUUUUAUCUGUACCUAAGGUAGACAGGAAAAUAUGGUGAUCUUAUUUGAAAAUGUGAACUUGUAACUAUUCAUUUGCA